AGGAAUUAUCACUUUUAUUCUCGUACAGUUUUUGUGGUUGGCUGUUUUUGUGGUUGGCUGUUUUUGUGGUUGGCUCGACAAGCGACAACAUCCUUUCUGGGUCCUACCUACCUUUGUUUUUGCUCUACGACAUCAUUCUAAAAGAGUUGUAUAGAGGAGGGACUUCUAGCAUAGAUUAUAGAGAUGAACUAAACUUACUAGCCACAUGAUCAUCUACUACAACAUUUAUAAGAAAUUGCUGGUAGUAAGUCAGGAACACUCGUAACUUCUAGCUCUACUACAACAACAAGAUGAUCAAUUUGAGCAAAGUCGAUCACGCGGUCGCCGCCGUGGACCAUGAGUCUAGAAAACGAGGGAAAUUGGUCAAGCUUGGUCCCAACCCCCGUGUCUUUUUAGAUGUGCAGAUCGGGCGUAGAACCGGAGGCCGCAUUGUCUUCGAGCUCUUCCAGGAUGCUACACCGGAAACGGCAGAAAACUUUCGCCUUUUGUGUACAGGAGAGAAGGGUAGGAGUCCGUUCUGUCGGAAAGACUUGACCUAUUCACACAGCAAAAUCACACGGAUUGAACAAAGUGUGGCCUUUCAAGCAGGGGACUUUGUGGAUAACACAGGCAGAGGGUUCGGAGAAUGUACUUUUUACUUUUAGAUUGUUUGAUAGAUCCACUUAAACACACACGAUCACGAUGACACUAUGAUUAUAGAUUGACAAUUCUCAGAAUGCCAAACCCCUCUUCUUCAUAGAUUUCUUCAGGUGCUUUCUUCACCUCCCUCAAGCUCAAACUCAAUCUAUCCCUUUUUAAGGUGCUUUCUUCACUCGGGAUGGCUUCAAGGCAGAGCCAGCGACCAGACGACAUGCUCACGCUGGUGUUUUAUCCAUGUGUUGCGACGAGAACCGCAUGUGCCAUAGCAAGUUCAAUGUCUCCUUCAAAAAAUGUGGCGCUUUAGACGGCAAAAACAUUGUCUUUGGCCAGGUUGUGGAUGGUAUGGACGUGGUGAGAGCCAUCGAAAGGGUUCCAAUUAGUGGCGAGUGCGAACCUCGGGUCGACGUAGUGAUAACCGGCUCCGGCCAACUGGAUGAAGACGAAGUAGAAGAACUAGUAGCGAAACGGAAAGCGGAAAUCGUAGUAGGUGGGAGGGGCAAUAACAGCAACCGAGGAGGCAUAGUCAGCAAGGAAUUGGGAAAUACUGCGGCUAUACGUACUUACUUUUUGAAUCUAAGUACUUGUUUGAAUCUACUUGUUUAUUCUUGAUGUCAAGAGUUGGACGAAAUAAAAUGAUGAUUACCUGCCACAACUUUGCUCUCACACAUACUAAAAGAACAGAAUUCGGCGAAUUUCGAAAAUUUAAAGAUAUUUCAACAAACUACAGAUGAAACAGAUUAAGAUUUUCUUAUCUCCAGCAAAUGCAAAAAUACGUCCACCCUGCCAGUAUUCCUGAUCAUACUAAUGUGAUGAAUCAGAAUCCAACAUUUGAACCAAAAAAAACUCCAGUUGGCGAAGAGUUGCUCCUCAAUCCGAAGAAUGAGCGCGCUGGAGUAUCACCUUUAAAAGACGGGCUAGGACCUAAGAAAGAGGAAGAAUCCGACGAUGAGGAGGCUGAGGCUGAUGUGCAGAUUGCACUUGGAGAAGCAGGUCUGCUAGGGGGAGCUGGUGGCCCAUCUUCAUCCUCAAGUGCUAGUAGCAAGCCUGGCUACGGGGACGGCGAUGGCUCUGGGACGAUUCUUGGGAUAAAAAUCACUGGAACAACAGCGGGUCAUGGAGGAGGUCUUCAACAAGGUGGCUCUUCUUCAAGUUCUAGUUCUUCUGCUGCGACUAAGAAUCUUCUCCUCGGCAAGAACAAGUCUUCAUCUGGAACAACAACAUUAUCCGCAACUUCUAACCAAAGCCUUUUGGGUACAAAGAGUAGUUCGCAGAUUUUAGCCGAAUCUAUUGCCUCUGGCCUAGGCGUGGGAGGCGACGAAGACGGAAUUGGCGCAAUCUCAGCGUCUUCGUCCAUCGCGACGGACAAAAGGCAACGUCUCCUUGACCUCCGCCUCCGCAUGAACCAAGGCAGGCAGCAAAAUGUCACCGCAGUGCUAGAGGAGCGGAAAAAGCACGAUGAGGGCACCCACCAGUUCUACAAGUACCAGGCCGAAAACGCAGAGAAAGCGGAGAAAAAGAGAAAGCAGGAUGAAGUGGAGGAGCAAGUGGCUGAAGGCGUGCUUGACGCAGAAGUGCUGAACGCCCAUAAGAAGGCUAGAGCACCGAAAGGCAAAGAGUAUCUCGCUGACGGCAUGGAGGUAUCUCAACUCCGUGACGCCAAGAAGAAGCGCAAGUUGAACCCAGAGGAAGCCCAUGCUUACCAUGUGUUUAACCAGGAUGCCUUGUUCCGAGCACAGGAGAAGAGGAAUGCGGACAUCAAAUUCGAUCGACAAUUGUAUGAGGAACAGAAAACAGAGUUGGGCGAAGACGCUUUUUACAACGAGGGCGGUCAGUACAUGGUGACAGGCUUCAAGGACUCGGAAGCAGGCAAGAAGCGGUUCUUGGAUGCAUUGAAAAUUAUGUCGCGGAUUGGUUUUCACAUUGAUUUUCAGCUUUACUGUAAAUACCAAUACCGACUUCAGAUUAAAACACUGCUCAGUCUGCUCAGUCACUAGUGAAAGUCUCAAUUACAAGUAGAAGGUUCCCACUACCCUUGCGUAAAAUUUUCAACCACGACCUGGUUUCUUUGUCCUUCUAAUCCCCAACAAGAGGACAAGAAAGGUGCUUUUUCGAGAAGGAGAAUGCACGUGGACGAAGCCGAUUUUCAGCACAUCAACGAACGCAAUCGCGUAUUCAACAACAAAAUGGACCGGUUCUAUGGAGACCAUACCUUGGAAAUCCGCCAGAAUUUGGAAAGGGGGACGGCUUUAUAGAAGACGAGAAUUUGGUUUGGUUACUUCGCAUUUGCGUUUUGUGUUUCUACUGUACUUCGAAGUUCCUCCGUUCGUUCUUGGAAAUAAGAUUGGCGAUCAUGAUGCUAGUUCGAGAGUAUUCAUCAACAUGCUGCUCAUAAUGAUUUCACGGAUCCGCAACAUUACAUACUUAAGCAUCAUGUACAUGUAGAUGUACUUUACACCCACAAUAUGAGAAUCAGCAUCUUCCCGAAGGACCCCCACGUUUGACCCCAUAAAACAUGUACUCAAAGACCCCCUUGAAGAUGGCGUACAGGACCAUAAUUUGGAACUACAACAAGAAGCCGAUGAAAGACCAACAUUUCUAAAGAUGGGAGAACGAGUAACAACCGAAUUGUAAUAGCCUGACAU